AUGGCCAAAGACGAUCUGACCCCCCGCGAGAACGAGGUCCUCGCCCUAGCAUGGCAGUGCUUCGAGCAAGAGCCCAAGGUCGACAUGAACAAGCUCGCCGCCCUAACAGGCUACACCCCGGGCAGCGCGGGCUUCACCAUGGGCAAGAUCAAGCGCAAGCUCAAGAACAAGACCGCCGGCAUCUCCGAGGACAGUCCCGCUCCCAAGUCACGCUCCGGCCGCCCCAGAACCGCCACUGCCAUCUCCACCCCCAAAAAGCGAGGCGCCACUGCCGCUGCUCCCGCCUCAGCUUCCAAGCGCCGUGCCGCUCGCCAACCCACUUCCUCCGCGUCGGACGGCAACAAUGAUGACGACGAUGACGACGACUUCGGCCUUGGUGGACCCAAAGUCAAGAAGGAAGAGCCUGCCUUUGACGACGGCUUCGAUCUUGUUGAGGAAGAUGUCCCCAGUCGCGAUGGCAUGAGCUAUAGUUUCCUCGAUGGCAUUGAGACCUUUGGUGGUGCUGCUAAGGGAUCGGGUCGGAACGCGUCUAACGGGUACCGUACGGUACAGUUGGAGGAGGAUGAGUAG